GCCCGCCCGCCCGCCGGGAGGGAGACCCGCAGCGCGGGGAGAGCAGCCCGGCCGCAGGCGCCGCCGCCGCCGCCUCUGCCAGACUGAGAACCCUGGCUUUCAAACGGAGAACUGGAGUGAAUUGUAACUGCAGAAGCAACAAGUGGUCCAGUAAAGAUGCACUUGGGGCUGGAUAAAGUGAAGAGUGAAACUGGAGAAAGUAAUGAAGUAAGGAAAAGAUUUAUAGGGAAAACCUGCUUUCUGCAAACAACUGAAAGAGCUGCCCUUAGAAACUCUUUUCUUUGGCCCUCAUGGAGUAGCUAGAACUUGUACUCUGAGGCCAUUGGUGGGACAAGCUCUUGCCUGCUGAUCACCCAGAAAAACUGUCACCAUGGCCAGCAAGAGGAAAUCCACCACUCCGUGCAUGAUCCCAGUGAAGACUGUGGUGCUGCAGGAUUCCAGUACAGAGGCCCAGCCCGCUCAGUCCUUGCCGGAAGGGCCCCAGCAGGAUCUGCCCCCAGAGGUGCCUGCCACUAGCAGCGAGGCCGCCCAGAACUCCAGCAGUACUGAAGGCUCUGCAUUGGCCAACGGGCAUCAGAGCACUUUGGAUGGCUAUUUAUAUUCCUGUAAAUACUGUGAUUUCAGAUCACAGGAUGUGACCCAAUUUGUAGGACAUAUGAACUCAGAGCACAUAGACUUUAAUAAAGACCCAACUUUUGUAUGCACUGGGUGCCCUUUUCUGGCAAAAAACCCUGAAGGGCUUUCCUUGCACAAUGCCAAGUGUCACUCAGGGGAAGCCAGCUUUGUGUGGAAUGUGGUCAAGCCAGACAAUCAUGUAGUCGUGGAGCAGAGCGUCCCCGAGAGCACCAGCACUCCUGACCUAGUAGGAGAGCCCAACACUGAAGGGACUGAUGGACAGGCUGAAAUCAUCAUUACCAAAACUCCAAUCAUGAAGAUAAUGAAAGGCAAAGCUGAAGCCAAAAAAAUUCAUAUGCUCAAGGAGAACGUCCCCAGCCAGCCUGUGGGUGAGGCCUUACCAAAGCUGGCAGCUGGAGAGGUAGAGGUGAAGGAGGGGGACCACUCCUUUGUCAACGGGGCAGUUCCAGUCAGCCAGGCAUCUACAAGCUCCAUAAAACCCCCCCAUGCCACCAAUGGGCCCCUGAUAGGAACAGUGCCAGUCUUGCCAGCUGGUAUAGCACAGUUCCUCUCCCUCCAGCAGCAACCCCCGGUACAUGCCCAGCACCACACCCACCAGCCACUGCCCACAUCCAAGGCCCUUCCCAAAGUAAUGAUCCCCCUGAGCAGCAUUCCAACCUACAAUGCAGCCAUGGACUCCAACAGCUUCCUGAAGAACUCCUUCCACAAGUUUCCCUACCCCACCAAAGCUGAGCUCUGCUAUUUGACUGUGGUAACUAAGUAUCCAGAAGAACAGCUCAAGAUCUGGUUCACAGCCCAAAGGCUCAAGCAGGGUAUCAGCUGGUCCCCUGAGGAGAUAGAGGAUGCCCGGAAGAAGAUGUUCAAUACAGUCAUCCAGUCUGUACCUCAGCCCACAAUCACCGUUCUCAAUACGCCCCUGGUUGCCAGUGCUGGCAAUGUCCAGCAUCUCAUCCAGGCUGCUCUCCCAGGUCAUGUUGUAGGACAGCCAGAGGGCACCGCAGGGGGACUUCUGGUCACUCAGCCACUAAUGGCCAAUGGGUUGCAAGCACCAAGCUCAUCUCUCCCCCUCACAGUUACAUCUGUCCCCAAGCAGCCAACUGUGGCACCCAUUAACACUGUGUGUUCAAAUACAACAUCAGCUGUGAAGGUGGUCAAUGCGGCCCAGUCACUCCUCACGGCAUGCCCCAGCAUAACUUCCCAAGCCUUCCUUGAUGCUAGCAUCUACAAAAAUAAGAAAUCUCACGAACAGCUGUCAGCUCUGAAAGGGAGCUUCUGUCGGAACCAGUUCCCAGGGCAGAGUGAAGUUGAGCAUCUGACCAAAGUGACUGGCCUCAGUACCAGAGAGGUGCGGAAAUGGUUCAGUGACCGGAGAUACCAUUGCCGGAACCUGAAAGGCUCCAGAGGCAUGAUGCCCGGAGAUCCCGGCUCCAUCAUCAUUGACUCUGUGCCAGAGGUGCCCAUCUCCCCAUUGUCCAAGGCCCCUGAAGUGACCUGCAUCCCGGCAGCAGCUACACUAGCAGUGCACCCUUCUGCCAAGCGACAAUCUUGGCACCAGACUCCUGACUUCACACCAAACAAAUACAAGGAGAGAGCACCUGAGCAACUCAGGGUCCUGGAGAGCAGUUUUGCACAAAACCCCCUGCCUCUUGAUGAGGAACUGGACCGCCUGAGAAGUGAAACCAAAAUGACCCGAAGAGAAAUUGAUAGUUGGUUUUCAGAGAGACGGAAAAAAGUGAAUGCUGAGGAGACCAAGAAGGCUGAUGGGAAUGUCUCUCAGGAGGAAGAAGAGCCUGCUGAGGGUGAGGGUGGAGAAGAGUGCCCAGCCAUUGAGCUGAGGGUCCCUGGAGAAAAUGGUUCCCCAGAGGGGCCCAGCAGCCGCACCUUGGCAGAGCGCAAAGUCAGCCCCAUCAAAAUCAACCUCAAGAACCUGCGGGUCACUGAAGCCAGUGGCAAGAGUGAGCUUCCAGGGCUGGGUGCCUGUGAACCUGAGGACGAUGGGCCAAGCAAGCUGGCAGAGCAGCUCCCAGGAAAAGUGAGCUACAAAAAGACAGCCCAGCAGCGGCACUUGCUGCGGCAGCUCUUUGUCCAGACACAGUGGCCCAGCAACCAGGACUAUGACUCCAUCAUGGCCCAGACAGGCUUGCCACGACCAGAGGUGGUGCGCUGGUUUGGAGACAGCAGGUACGCCCUGAAGAAUGGCCAGCUGAAGUGGUAUGAAGACUACAAGAGGGGCAACUUCCCACCAGGGCUGUUGGUCAUUGCCCCGGGCAACCGGGAACUGCUGCAAGACUAUUACCUGACACACAAGAUGCUGUAUGAGGAAGACCUGCAGAACCUCUGUGACAAGACCCAGAUGAGCUCCCAGCAGGUCAAGCAGUGGUUUGCUGAAAAAAUGGGUGAGGAGACCCGGGCCAUGGCAGACACAGGCGGUGAGGACCAGGGCGCUGGUGCUGGUGAGCCUGUGGCAGUUCACAAAGGGAUGGGUGACACCUAUUCAGAGAUGUCUGAGAACAGUGAGUCAUGGGAGCCCAGCGCCCCUGAGGCCAGCUCAGAGCCCUUUGACACUUCGAGUCCCCAGGCUGGACUUCCACUAGAAACAGAUUGAAUUCGAUCCGGUUACUGUGAAGGACUGGCCAGUCUGGGAUGCCGCCUGCCACGUGGAAGGGCCAAACCCAACUCUCUGCUGCCACAGGCCUUUCCAUGCCUGGCUGCUGGGCACCCGGGAGAGCUUCUGGAGGCCUCAAGACAGCCCAGAGCCCGUCACCACCCUCGGCCUACCCACCACCAAGCAAGCAGCAAGAAUGGGUUUCUCCUCAGUUCUUCCUCCCCAACGUAGGACCUUUCCUUUGCCUUCCAGUGGAUAAAAUAGUUCAGAUUUCAUAUUCAUAGACACAGAAUCAAGUUUUUAACAUAUACAUCUGCCUAUAUACAUUUAAUAAAACAUCAGAUUAUAAACACUUCCAUUACAUAGAAACUUUGGUUAGCAAAGCAGUACAUUGUCCUUUACGUCAUCUCUGAAAGUGCCCUGUGUCUGUUCUCUGGGGAUCGUUGGGCCACACAGGCCCCCUACUUUCCCCAGUGAGGCAAGGGUUACAGGCACAUUCAGAACUGCAGCUGAAACCUUGGUGCCCCUUUGCAUCCCUCAGAGAAGCAGAACCUUUGAAGAAAUCUGUCUCCACUGAUCAAUGACCAGCCACAUCUCAUGCCAGGCUUGCCUUGCCUGCAGGCCCAUCAGUGCAGAACCCACUGCGACGCUCAGUUCAGAAAAUGGACUGGCUGUGGGAUUAGUGUUGGAGGCUUCCCACACUCUUCAGUUGUUACCGUAAUUCUGCUUUUUCACAGGAAUUUGAAUCGUGGACCAUACCUUUUCAGUUAUAUCAACUACAGAAAUGUUUGUUGUUAAGCCUAAUAGACUGACCUAUGUGCCUGCUCCCCCACCCCACCUUUUAAAAAAAUCUAGACAAGUUGAGAGAGAGCGGGAAAUGAGGGUGGGGACAUAAAUGGAAGUAUAUAGCCACUACCUGUAGCUUUGGCCACCAGAGUUUUCAGUGCCCUUUCUCCACACUCACCUCAGAGCCUCCUGUGGUUUGGAAAGAACACACUGACCUGGUAGUAAGUGAGGAACGAAGGGAUUUGGGGGAUUUUCAGAAUUAUCACAGCUGGGAUGGUCUUCAGCACCUCUAGAGACCUGCACAUGGGGCUCCUGGCAGAACACCAGAAUGCUCCUGGCCCCCACACCAAGGGCCUGGCUGGUGUGCUAGACACAUGCCCUAAGGGUGCUGGACGUCACUGGACAGGUCCUUGUGAGGAUGUUUUUAAAACUCUGUAUUUAUAUCCCCAAACUUGGAAACAAAAACUCUUAUCUACUUUAGCCUAACCCUCAUAUCUUUUUUUGAGUUGAGAAAAUCACAGGAAAAGGUGCCUUUGAAACACUGAAAAACUUGCUUACAGAGCUGUACUAAAUGGCAAAUUCCCUAUUUCUUCAAACUGGCUGCCCUGAGAGCAGGACGUAAAGAGGGACAGGUUAGUCCCUUGUAGCUCUGCUCACCUUUUAGAAACUACCUGCUCUCUGAGAACCAAGCCACAGGUACCAGCGCCUUGUGAGCACACUCCUCCUGGGGUCUGCGCUGGGUGAGAGCAUUAGGAAACCCCAGAGAGGGGACAGGGGCUUUGGGCAAGAAACACUGGUGGUGUUUUAGGCACUGUUCUUCUCCCCUACCCCCCCGGGGAACUGGACUGGCCAGGGCACCUUGCUGGCUGGGCUCCAAGGAAGAGCAUGGUGGCAGCACUUUCCACCUUCUAGGAGUGGGCUUUCUUUGGAAACUAAAUGCCCUUGAACCAUUGUUCUUUUCAAGUGUCUUCUUCUGCCCUCCUUGUCCCAAAAGGGACCACUUCUUAUUUGUCUCAAACAGGGAACUUAUGAGUACUUGGCAAGUUUUGCAGCCUAUUUUUGUAUCCCUUCCAUUUUGGGAGUGAAGCUAUUUGGUCCCAAAAACCUUUGAGGAGUUGCCAAGAUUGGCAAGUGAUUGCUUUCCUUCAGAGGACAGACACCUGGAAUUUUUCCUUUAGUGUUUAUGUACAUGCAGACUAAUUUAUAUAUACACACUUAUACAUUACAAAUACUUGUUUGAAACUUUACUUGUAAAAUGUACAUCUGAUGUGUACACAUGAGGAACUUUGUGGCACGUGGGUGUUGAGGGAAGUAGCCUGUGUUGAAGGGAAUGCCAGGGCGGCCCAGCACAAAGCCAUCUCCACGUGUAUGAGAAACCACCCAGUGCCUCGCCUCCAGAUCCCCACCAGCGUCACCACCAGAGCCCCGCAUGCACUGGCCAAAGGGCUGCAUCUGUAGAAAGGGUUUUCUUGGUUACUUUAUUUGUACUGACAGUUACUUUGCAACCCAAACAGCAAAACAGAAAAAAUAAGUUACUUGGUGGACAAGUUCAUGCAGGACAUAGAGAGCAAACUAGCCUUGGGCACCAGCUCAUCUUUAGGUGGAAAAGUUACAGUGCUGCCUUCCCAGCAUGUUUUCCGCACAGAUGUUGGUUCUGUCCAACAGCCAGGGCCACGCCAUGAAUGGCAAGACCCAGGUAAGGGGCCCAGCAGAACUGACAGACCCUUCUUCCUGUGCUCUUGCACUGGAGGGAAUAAGUGUGCUUUGUACCUUGUGCUUGAAAGAGUAAGAUGAUCAAAGAAAGAUGAUGCUGAGGGAGGCAGUCAUCAAGCAGGCCCUUAAAGGGACAUUGUAGUAGGUAGCCAGAGCUUUGGGCACAAAACGCUGAGUGUAGCCAACCAGGCACGGAGACACCCACACUAGCCCAGACGUUGGAAUCGCAUUGACAGAGGCAGGAGGAAAAGUGGGAUGGCAGCAGCCAUUGCUGUGGUUUUGCACACAGCUGAGGGUUAAAUUCUGUGUUGUCACCUGUACAGUCUGUAGGCUGCAGAGUUGAGAGAGGUUGGUGGGGUUAGUCUCUCCUGAGGAAAAAGUCUAUUUUAUAAGGUGACUAAUCUCUCCCCUCUUCUCUAUAUGCAGUUGGACUCAUCAGAGAAAGUAAAAUCAUCUUUCAGUGUUUCUUGUUGCCUAUGUCUUCUACCCGUUUGACUUAUUAUGUUUUUUACAUGGAAUUGUAGAUCCAGUUCUAAUAGGCAAAACCAGAUCACCAUUCUGAUAAAGGAAAUUUGAGUUUAUGAUACAUAUACUUUGCAUAUGUUGAUUGCUUGUUUUACUUUUUGACUAUAGAGGGGCUUUCUGAUUUUGGGAGGGGGGAGUGUCAUUUUCAGGAGUCUUGGAUUCCUGAAAAAUAAUGUCCUAGUUGGAUGGCCUGCUAGCACUUUGAGGUAUGGUAGUGACUGGAUGACUUAGAGCUCUUUCUUUUGGCCAAGUGAUGGGUGGCUGUUCAGGUGGACCAAAGCACCUCCACCCAAGGACCCACACACAGCUCUUGGGAAGCAAAAGGAGGGAGCUGGGCAGUGCUGGGUAGUGGUUCCUUGUGGGCUCCCAUGUGUACUAAAGAUUUUGUCCCUAGCUGGCCUUGGGAGGCUGUCCCACCAGCAAGUUUCAGUGUAUUCUCCAGGUGCUUGUGGAUUUUAUUCUGCUCAGUCAGUGGCCCAGUGACAGGCACUGUGUCCCCUCCCUCUCUGUUCUGCUGGCUCUGGGAAAUGGCUGCCUUCUGUGGAGUAGGAGUCAGCCUUUCCUGUUAUAUGCUUGGCUUUCUGUGCACAUCUUCUCUCAACUCCCACUUAUGCUGUCCCUGUCUGGGGCCCUGUUGCUUCUUGUCUUCCUAGUAUCUUCUUGAACCAAAAUCUUCAGACUGGAGCAGCUUUGUCAGCUCAAACAUUAGCCCAUGUGUAUAAAGGCACUUUGCAGGAGAGGAGAACCAGCCAAGAAGAAAAUCUUAAAUAAAGCCAAACCUGGAGUUUUGGUUUCUCCUAAAUUUUUUCUUUUCCUUGCUCAGAAUUUACCUGGGAAAGUUUAUCGGUUUGAUUCAGCUUUUGCAGAAGAUGUACUUUCGUCUUGUUUAAAUCUGUAUACAUUACAUUCAUUUGCAAGGCUCAGUUGUAUGCUGGAGAAGAAAAAUCCUCUCAAUGCAUGAAGGUCUGCACAGCCAACCCAUUGGGCCAAAGCCAGCAGCCUGCCAAGGUCAGGUGGUUAACAGGGCUUCGUUCUUCUCACUCCAGACACAGAGCCCUCGCCUCAGGGUCUCUUGACCCAGCUUCCUUCUCUCCUUUUCCCUGAGAGCACAGGCCCCUCCCAGCCUUCUUGCCCAGACCUUGGGGGCUGUCUCUUUAUGGUUUAGGAAGUACCUGGUCUCAGAAAGGCUCCAACACAUGGGCAAGCAGGGAAUUGUGGAGCUCAAGCCUCCUCCCUAAGCUAGGCUUCAGGUGCCAUCUGAUAUACCACUGUGAGGUUCUCUGUAGCCCGUUUAAAUGGGGCAGGGGCCAGGCUGAUGAGGCUGUGGGAGACCUCACUGACAAAGAGAACUGCUUUGGUUUUGGCACAGUGACUAGAUGGAAGCAGCCAUCAAGGUGGUGCUUGGCUUGUACCCACUCCAGGUCUAAGUCCAAAUGGGACCAACUGGCCUUGGUUAGAAUUUGUUUCUGCUGGAAUCUGUAUGUGUCCCCAGUGCCAAGUCACACUGGGCAGGGUAGGGUGGCAGAAGGGUAGCUCAAGAUCUCUCUGAAUUGCCCCAGCAUCUGCACUUAGUCGUGAAGUAAAAGAAGCACAUUCAGAGCAUUUGGCCUUAGGAUCAAGAGCCUGCUUUUUGGUUCUUCAGUCCUGAGAGCUCAAGACUAACCAGCCAUCCUGUGACCUGCCUGCAAAUCUGACCUCUUCUUUGAAUGGGGGCCCAGGCCUUCACCUGACUGGAGAUAUGACAGAAGAGUUUCAUUUUAGCCCUGGAUUAAGCAGGAACCACCCUUUCUAACUGCCUUAGUCUGGAGCAGGGAAGGGAACCCAGGCCUGGAGAUGAGACUAGGCAGACCCUGAUCACCCUGUGGACAAAGACAAGGGCAAGCACCUGCUUCCUUGAUUUUUAAAAAUCCUAUCUUUAGAUUUACAGGACUGCAAGUAUCACAAAAGAUGUCUAGAUAGUACUUUGUUGUCAUGAGCCCCAAAGCUUUUGCAGCACUCAGAAUCUGGCCCUUGUUGCUGCUCCUGCAGGAGCCAGGCAGAGCAGAGGGAGGAGGGAACACAGGGAGCAGGGUGGCCACUCUGGUCAUCUGCUCUUCUUGCUGCCUAGUGUCUUCCCUCCUCUCCACUCAGGCAGGUGGCAAGCCAGGGUACUGGAGACAAGCCUGAGUGUUUACCUGACAUUAGUGCCUCUUCCUUCAGACUGGCUUGCGUGUGUGUGCACGGGCACAUGCGCACACAAAUGGAGCACCUGUAUUCCUGAAUGAACAGCUUCUCUUGGUUAAUGCUUUUUAACUGUUCCUUUCCAUGAUAAAUGGAGGAUUCAAAUUACUCAAUGUGACUGAAGUUGAAGAUGAAAUGUCUAGGAUUAAGGUGUUUGAGCACUUAAUAUAGAAAGCUACAAGUGCUUGGUCUUUCUCAAGAGUCGAACUGGAGUAGAAAUAUUAACAGGGUAAACAUCUACCAUGUGAUACCUAUUAAUCCUCUAAUUUGUGUUUAAAGAGAAAUCUUGUCACUCUUCCUUGGUUCCUGCCCAUACAGCUGUCUCAUUCUUGCACUUUGCUUGAAAUGGGGCCAGAGCCCCAUGUGAGUGGGGACAGCUAGCACCCGCUCCUCAGUAGGGACCCAGCAUGAUAAUCAGGCUGCUCCCAGUCAAACUGGGUGAGGGCCAGGGAAGAAGCGGUCAUCCCUGUGUGAGUCCCUGCUGCGCUUCUGAGCAGCUGCUUUGUUCAACUGUGGCAGGAGGGUCACACUGUGCCAUAACUGUUAUUAAAGAGGGAAAACACGCCAACCUUCCUCUCCUCCCCACUGGCCAUUGUUCAUUGAGAGCUUUACUGAGCACAGCCUUUGUGGGAAGUCAGGGAGGUUGCCAAUGGCCGGCAGAUCCCUUUCUGGCAAAGUCCUGAUUCCUGGUUUUCUAGCACCCAUUUGUAUUCUGGUCUUCAGUGCAAAUCCCCUUUCCCCUGUGGACUGCUAAGAAGUGAGACUGGGGAAUGACCAUUGAGCAGUUUCCUUUUGGUGCACUUCCUGUCUCCCAGAGACGGCUGAAGAAGUGAUCAUCUUGGUGCUAAGUAAGAGGCAACUGCCCUGUUUCUGUUUGUCCAGAAACAAACUGAAACUAACUGUUCAAGAGGGUCCCACCUCCUGCUGUGGCCAAGCAGGAGACCAAACCAAGAAAAUGUCACAUACUACCAUUUAGGCCUGGGUAGAAUGGUAAUUCUUUACCUGAGGUGAAUGUUUUAACAGAAGGAUGGAACUUGACUUUCAUUUGGACUGUGGUUGUGCCAAGGCAGGAGGAAUGGGGUUGCCCUCUUUGGGCUGAGUCUCCAGGCCUCACAAGAUGCUGCUAUUUCUAAGAUGCAAAUUGCACAUUUCCUAGAUUUUGUAUCUGUGGUUUUGGAUAAGGGAGUCAGGGACAAACUGUACAAUUUGAAAUGGGUCUCAAU